ACAUCACUUUACAUGCACUCGUAUUCCUACACAUACAUAUUCUGUUUUUCUACAUUUGCAUUUGCUCGCGCUGUACUCGCAAAAAGCAGCAUUUUGCGUGAGAAGUACUUAAAGCAACGUUCAUAAUCUAAUCAUGUCCGAAAAUCGUGAAGAAAUACUGGCUGAUUUUCAGGCCUGCACUGGCAUUGAAGAUGUGGCCGAGGCAAUUUACGUUCUGGAUGAGACCAACUGGGAUCUUGUGCGAGCUGUUAACAAAGUGAUGCCUCAAGACACUCAAUCAUUCCAAUCAAUUCAAGGCAACAAUGUGGAUAUGGCCCCUGAAGUUAUUGAGAUUCCAUCAAGUCCAAUUGAAUCAGCAGCUGAGAGUGUCUCAGCACAUGCUACCACACCAGCAAUGGUUAGAAGCAUGCCAAUAUUGGACACACAGUAUGCUCAUAUGAAUUCACAGCCAUCAACAUCAUCAGUGCACUCCAAUACCAAUGGCUCAAAAAUUAUCAAGUUUAAUAUAUCUUACUGUGAUCGUAUAAUACCUAUAGAGGUACCAGAUACAGGCACAGUUGCUGAUAUUAAGAAGAAACUGAACAAAGAGAUAAAGGUUGCUCCAUGCAGGCAAUUGUUGUCUGGCUGGGCUAGAUUGCCACAAUAUGCUAAUACCCCUUUGGUAGAAUUGUCUUUGCCGGCAUUUAAUUCUUUACAGUUGACUGUUACAAAUGUAACUGGUCUUGCACAAGAUGAUGAAAUCACCGACCGAUUACGCGGAAAUUAUAUAUUAAAAAUCCGCGAUGAGAACGCCGACAAAAACUAUACUUUGAACUAUCCAGGAACAAAAACUAUUCUAGAUGUGAAAGUGGACUUGCAUUCUUUAACAAAUAUACAAGUCCGUAAUCAAAUGUGGAGUGGCUGGCCGCCUAAUAUUGACGACCAGACUGUGCUUGCAUUAUCCGGAAUAAAUUACCCUGAACACGAUUUAAUUUUGCGUCAGGCUACAUCUAGCAUGGGCAAUAGAAGUGAAACUCGGCCAAAGAACGAUGUGGUUGUGGUUCCAGAUAGUGAUGAGGAAGAAUUUGAAGAUGCGUCGGAAUCGUUCAAUGUGGAAGAUGAUUGUUUCAUGGAUAAUGUCGCUAGUAAACGGCCUGAGCCAUUAAUUCCUAAAGUCGUCGAAGAUGAAAUCGUUGGCAGUAUACAUUUUUCCGAACAAUUCACGAACCGUUAUGGACCAGUACAUCCAACGUUUUAUCAGGGCACGUUGGAUGAUGCAUUGCGGGAAGCUUGUAAUAAGCCAGCAAGAGACCGCAAGUUACUCGCAAUUUACGUCCAUCACGAUGCAAGUGUGCUGUCCAAUGUCUUCUGCACUCAACUGCUGGGCUUUGAAAGUGUCAUGCAGCUUCUAGAAGCCAAUUUUGUGCUCUGGGGUUGGGAUGUCACAUAUGAAACAAAUCGAACAAUGUUGCACACAUCGCUUGGCAAUUCGCUUGGUCCAGGCGCGGCCGCUAACGUGAAAACUAUUCCCGCUGACCGGUUACCGGCCAUUUUUAUCAUUAUGAAAAUUCGUUCUUCUACAGAAAUUUAUAAUAUUGUCUACGGAAACGUUGGUGUUAAUGAACUUUUAUCAAGUUUGAUUGAAGCGGUAGAGGUAUUUACUCAGCACCAACGAGUGGAGAUCCGCGAAGAGGAAGAACGAGCUGAGCGAGAAUUUGUUAAGUGGGAACAGGAUAUGGCAUACAACGAAAGUUUAGAAGCAGAUCGUGCUAAAGAGAAAGCUAAAAGAGCUCAAGAAGAAGCCGAGAUCAUGGAACGUACACGCAUAGAAAACGAAAUCCAAAUGAUAAAGGAACGCAAGGAAGCGGAGCGUCGCGAAGUCGGUGCACGAUUGCCGGUUGAGCCUCCAGUUGGUACUCCAAAUAUUACGAAAAUCAGGUUUAGAUCACCUGCGGGGCAACUAGAACGGCGGUUCACAGCUGACACGCCGCUACAGACACUUUUAGAUUAUUGUGUGGUGCAAGGAUAUCCGCCAGCUGAAUAUAAAAUCAUUUCUAGCUGGCCUAGAAGAGACUUAACUUCGUUAGAUGUGAACAAGACUUUGGAAGAAUUGAAACUCUGCCCUCAAGAAACUGUGAUACUAGAGGAAAGAUAAGAACAUAAAAAUUCAAACAACUUUUUUUGUCAUUCUCUUUAAUUAUAAUAACAUAAGUGAUUGAUUUCUUGUCUCGAAAUAAUCAAGGCAUGUGUCUGUCUAUAGUUGCUUACUUCUAUUUGUAUCUUAACUACUAUCGUGUAUUUAGUACCGACUAUUUAUUUCAAUAAAUAUUUCACAUGUAA